UUCCCUCUCUAGAAACACGCUUUUCGCAUUUGAGCAGAUGCCAGUCCCAAACCAACAACAACAAAAAAAAUUCCCUCCUCUCGCUUUACCCUCACUCUCUUUCCACUAAAAAAAUCUUCAAAUCAUCUCUUCUCUAGCUAUUCAAUGGACGAAUCUCCGCUUCAACUCAUUUCCGAAAUCGGCGACCAGCUCGGUCGACACGCUCGGCCCAACAAGGACUUCCUUGUCAAAUCGCUCCGUCAAGCUGCAAAUGCUUUGUCACAAAUUGAACAGCCUUUGGAAACUUUUAAAAAGGCAGAAGCUACAAAGAAGUUAGAAGCUGCUAUAAAGCCCUUGAGGAAGUCUAUUCUGAAGCACUAUCUUAUUAAGCAUACUGACAAAGAAGUCAAACUUUUGGUGGCAAUCUGUGUCAGUGAAGUGUUUCGGGUCUUGGCACCGGAGCCUCCUUUCGAGGACAAAUAUCUGAGGGAUAUAUUUAUACUUUUUCUCAACAUGUUCAAGGAGCUCAGUGAUACUGCUAGCCCACACUUUCUGAGGAGAGUUAAAGUAUUGGAAACUGUGGCACGUUGUAAAUGUUGUGUGAUCAUGCUGGAUGUUGACUGCCACGAUCUUGUUCUUGAAAUGUUCAAAAUUUUUUUCUCUUCUGUGAGGGAACAUCACCAGCAGUCUUUGAUUGAUGAGAUUCUGUCUAUAAUGAAACAUGUUUUAAACGAGGAGGCUUCUCAAGCACUUUUGGAUGUGAUUUUGCUGAAUCUUAUAAAGGAAGGAAAGGCUGCAACUCCAGCUGCAUCUCAGCUUGCUGCAUCUGUCAUCCAAACUUGUGAAGAAAAGCUUGAACCAUUUGUUUGUGGGUUUUUAACAUCUUGUUUCUUAGACAGAGAUGCUGUUGAGAGUGAGCUUAAGGAAUUUUACCACGAAAUCCUUUUUAAAGUUUUCCAGUGUGCUCCUCAUAUGCUUCUUGGUGUCAUCCCCAACUUGACUCAAGAGUUACUGACAGAUCAGGUUGAUGUCCGAAUAAAAGCUGUUAAUUUAAUUGGAAGGCUCCUGGCACUACCCGAGCAUCAUGCUGUACAGAAAUAUCAGAGUCUUUUUGUAGAGUUCAAAAAUAGAUUCUCUGAUAAAUCAGCAGAAGUUAGACUUAGUGUUUUGCAGUGUGCUAAAGCAUGCUACAUAGCCAAUCCCUCUGGGAAUGUAUCACGUGAAAUACUUACUGUUCUUGAAGGUCGAUUACUGGACUUUGAUGAUAGAGUGCGAACACAGGCUGCUGUUGUUGCCUGUGAUCUUGCCAGGACUAACCUGAGGUUUUUUCCACCCGAAAUAAUAUCAAAAGUUUCUGAAAGACUUCGGGAUAAGAAGAUAUCUGUCAGAAAGAAGGCUUUGGAGAAGUUGAUGGAGGUAUAUCGAGAUUAUUGUAUCAUGUGUUCUGAAGGCCUCAUGACAGCUAGUGAUCACUUUGAACAGAUUCCUUGUAAAGUCUUGAUGCUUUCCUAUGAUAAAGAUUGUAAGGAUUUCAGGCCCCAAAACAUGGAGCUUGUUAUUGCAGAGGAUUUAUUUCCUGUCUUUCUUCCUGUCGAGGAAAGGACAAGGCACUGGAUCCAAUUGUUCUCUCUUUUCACUUCUUCUCACGUGAAGGCACUGAUAUCUAUAUUAUCUCAGAAGGGAAGGCUGCAGACUGAAAUGCAAAUUUAUUUGGCACAACGGAAGAAAGAGAAGGAAAGCAGUUCAGAAGAAAUGGAGAGGAGAAUAAAAAAUUCAUUUGUGAAAAUGUCAGCAUCCUUUCCAGAUCCUUUGAAGGCAGAAGAGUGCUUCCAUAAAUUGAACCAGAUGAAAGAUAGCAAGAUUUUCAUUGCACUGGAGCAAUUAUUGGAUGAUCGAACAAUUAAAAGUGCCCAGCAAACUAGAGAUAAAUUUCUGAAAAUGAUAGGAGACAAGCAUCCACAUUUUGAGUUUCUACAAUUACUCUCCUCAAAAUGCUCAUUUAACAUAUUCAGCUCAGAGCAUGUUCAAUAUAUUUUAGAUCAUAUCUCCAGCAGUGGUUUUGAACAACAUCUCAAGGCCUCUGCUAAAUUGCUUCUGGCUAUUAUCAGUGUUUACCCCUCUUUUAUGCGGGGUUUGGAAGAGCAGUUUCAAUUGCUGUUAGAAGAAAACAAUUCAAUUAAUGAUACGCUGGUUGAAGUCUUGGCCAAAGCAGGCCCUCAUAUUAAAGCCAAAUUCAGUGAGUUUUAUCCAUUGUUGGAGAGAAUAUGCCUCAAGGGAACUCGUUUUCAGUCGAAGCAUGCUGUUUCUGCAAUUGCUUCAUUGGUUGGUUCUUCUGAUGAGUUCAUUUUCUCAAAACUUUGCAAGGAACUUGUGGAUUCUCUAUAUAGUGGGCUGAACACCCCAACCAUAUUGCAGUCCUUGGGCUGUGUUGCGCAACAUUCUGUUUCAGCAUUUGAAGCUCAAAAUCAAGAGAUUAGAUCAUACAUAUUUGGAAGAAUUUUUCAAGCGGAAUCAUCUGAAGAUGAACCUUCAGCUGACGAGACUUCUGAGUGUUGUGAUUCUUGCAAGCUGAAGAUUUAUGCGCUGAAAGCACUUGUCAAGAGUUUUUUGCCACAUCGAGGAUCUCAUGGCAAGCGGCAUAUCAAUGAAUUGCUAGAUAUUUUGUCAAAGUUGCUUCAAACAGGCUAUACUUUUGAUGGAAUCACCUCAUGUGAAAGCGACAAGCCUCACAUCAAAUUAGCUGCUGCGAAAUCUGUUCUUCUGCUUUCUAGGAGAUGGGAUUUACAUAUUUCUCCAGAGAUUUUUCGCUUUACAGUUUUGAUGGCAAAGGAACCCUGUCCCUUUGUUGGGAGAUUAUUCCUUGAUAAAAUGCAUAAGCUGUUGAAGGAGCAUUCUAUACCGAGCAGAUAUGCUUGUGCUUAUGCAUUGGCUGCAUCUGAUCACUGCAAGGAUCUGCAAGAUGCUUCAUUUAAAUACAUCGAAGAAUUUAUCAAGGAAUAUAGCAGAAAAGCUCAAAUUCGUCAAACAUCUGGAGUGCAAGAAAGCUCACCUAUGGAUUAUCCAGCAUACAUAGUUGUUUUCCUAAUCCAUGUUCUUGCACAUGAUGCUGGCUUCCCACCUGAUGGCUGUCAAGAUGAGCAAGUAUAUGCUCAGUUUUGCAGUCCCCUCUUUUGGGCCCUACAGGCAUUGGUAAAUGCUAGUAUUGUCAAUGGUGACACAGGACUUAUUAAUGAAGCAGCCUUGUAUUUGCUCAGUAUUUUUCGUGCUAUAAAAAAAACUGAGGAUGCUGUUGAUGCUCAUCAAACUCCUAAGCUGCUCAUUCUGGCAGAGAUUGGGAUCUCCAUAGUAAAUGAAUUAAAUCAUAAUGUCAUUUCCUUAUCACUUGCCCCCAAGCAGAUUUCGCUGCCAUCAUCAUUAUAUAGAAUUAGUGUUGUUAAGAAGUGUGACGAGGGUAUCUUGAAAUGCCUCACUAAAUUCAGUGUGGAUGAAAGUUUUGUCAAAGGAGUAGUCCACAUUCUCAAAUCUCAAAUAUCUGGGACUGCUACCACCACUCUUUCCAAACGCAGGAGAAAGGGUCAAGAGGUUACCAUUCAGUCUUCUGAUGUUGAACACAACACAAGCAACCCCGCAUCACAAAAGGUUGCUAGUUUGUCAUUAACGGGUACAAGAGAAAAGCAAAAAACUGCAGCUGAGGAAAUUGGUUUGGGAUGUAGACAAAAGCGUGCCCUUUCUCCAAUUGAUUCUGAAUCCGUGGUAUUGCAGAAUGAGCGGUCUGGUAUUGUCAUUCACAAAGAUGAUGCAAGUAAAAGUUCUAAAUCCAUCUUGGAGAAAAAACAGCGCUUGUCAUCUCGUGCUUCUGCAACCACAAAACCCUUGAAGCUUGGAUCUCAUGUUUCGAGUGUAGACAGAAUGAUUCCUUCUUUGAAAGAAAAUGCUGUGGCUAGUAAAAGUAUUACUCCCUCCAAUUAUCCCAGGGCUGAGCUUAAAGAACCUCACAGUUUGAGGAUUUCUUAUGACAGUGGUGACCUUAUAUGCUUGGAUAGUGAGAGCCAUGAGACUAUGAGUGAUAACUCCCCAUUGGAAAAGGAGACCUUGCUCACCAAGGUGUCAAACACCUUCCAUCCAAUUCAUUGCAGUCAAAGAGAAACUUGUAGUGCAUUUGGAGAUGGUACUGUGAAACCGACCAAAAGCUUAGCAAGCAUGGAAAGUGGAAGGUUCUCUGAAAGAGUGACUUCUUUUCCUGCUAAGGGAAAGAAAGGACAGAAAGUUCUCUUGGACAUAUCAGCAUCAGAAAUCAUUGAUGAAAAUGAAGAUUGUAUUGCCAGAAGAACAAGGCGACAGAAAGUCUAAGUUACAAAUGGGGCCGUUCGUGUUCAGAAUUAGAUCUGUAAGUUUAAAAACAAUUUGGAUGAAUAACCCCGGGACUCUUGAUGAAUGCCAGUCUUCUCCAUAUCAUCGAGGAAGCGUGCAAGUCAUGUCUCAUAGUUUUUCUCCCUUCUAUUCCUCGUCAUUGAUCUAGUAAUUAUAGAAUUUGAGAUCAGGUCCUACCCUCACUCCCUUUGCAGGAGAAUAACCUUGGCAAGGUCCAAAAAAAUGCCGGAGAAUCAAUGCUGUAUAUAAUUUUUGAAUGUACUUUUUUAUCCAUUUCUAACAAAUAGGAGUACCAAUUAGAGAAAAAAGUGUUCACUGAACAUGUUUUUCUCGCCAUGGAGGCAGAAUCUGUACCAAGGAAUUAUGAUUGCUAUACAAAUUAAAACUACUUGCUGAGAGAA